UGACACACUGAUAAAGGCAUUGAGAAGAAUAGAUAAAAACCAAAAAACAAGCAUUUAAUCACGAGGCGAUGUAAAUUUGCGAGUUGAGAGCAACCGACUUGCCAUGGAAUUUGCUGGCGAGAAACGUGAACAGGAGUUAUUUGACAUAGGUAGCUCGCAGCGAGAAAAGCUGCGGCUAAAAUCGAAGUUUUGCGAAAAACAGUAGUAAGGAAAAAUUUACGUUCGGUGGCACUUCUCCACAAAGUAGUUAAUCAAAGUGAAUGCAAAUUUUAGUAAAAUAAAGUAUUAAUUUGAGAAGCCUCGUAAAAGAUCAAAAUGACACGUCGCGGAAAAUUCGUAGUAAAUAAGGUAAGCAACGCGAAAAUUAUUUUUAUUAGGGAUUCUACAGAAGCACCACAAGCACAAUGUCAGAGUACCAGUAGCAUACCUGCACAAACAGGCUGCAGCAGACGAGUACCGCCACCACUUACACUCACGCAAAAGCUUGAAUUCGUAUUGACGCUAAUUAAUCGUCUAUUAAUCGGUUUCAUAACGAUUUAUUUGUGUUGGAUGAGUUUACGAUUAGAUCGCGAGCAUAUUCCAUGGCACGCCGUACUUUGUACACUAGGGUUCCUUUGUUUAAUGUCUGAAGGUUUAAUGGCUUACUAUCGUGGGAAUGUUUGGACCCAGAUUUGUCAACGUCCAGAGAAAGCACGUUUACAUUGGAUGCUACAGCUUUGCGGCGCCAUAAUCGGUCUUACUGGAAUUGUCAUCAAAAUGUGUUUGGAAGAAGUGCAUUUUCAUACGCUGCAUGGUAUUUUAGGACUUGCUACCAUGAUAGUCUUGUUCAUUAGCCUAUUAAGCGGCCUAGGCUCACUCUACGCUACAGAAUUGAAAAGUCGUGUACAACCGCGCGUCAAUAAGACGCUACACAAUAUAACCGGGUUAAUAACCUACACAUUAGCUAUGCUGAGUAUGUAUUUUUCCUUUGAGACGGCACUUUUUAACGAUUACUCGUUAGAUGCAUCGACUUAUGUGGAUUUUCGUUUAUUAUUAGAAAUUAUAACAGUAAUCAUAUUUGCACUUAGCACCUAUGGACCACUGUGGUGUUUAUUUUAUAGUCGAAUAUGAAAUAGUUUGUAGGAAAAAUAUGUAUUUAACGAAUUGUUAUCAAAAGUUUGAUAAGAAAUAAAAUAUUGUACUACAACGAAACAAAGAAAACGAAUGCAAACAAUUUGGAAUGCUGGUACUAUUACAAAAAUUUAAUAUGUAAAAAAUAACUGUAUACUCUAAACAAGUACAUACUAACACGAAUGGACAAAUAUACUAACAGACAACACACGAUGAUUUAAUUUUAAAGAUCUGCCCUAGCGCAUUAUAAAUUAAAAACACACAAUUUUUGCUUUUAUUUAUAAUAUUUAUUUGUGCAUUAUUUUAUGUUUGUUUUGCAAAAUCUUUCAUUAUGUAGCCGAUAUAAAUAAUACCUUUCUGCAUGCCGCAAGAAAAAUUAAUACAAUUUCUUUAUAAAUACGCUGCUGCAGUCUAUAUAAAUAAAUAAAUAUCACUUAUACAUUAAAUAAAUCAUUGAAAAAGUUAAUUUUUUUUAUUCAUCAUUGUAUUUUGCAAGUACAUAUGUAUGUUUAAGUAUGAGAUUCAGAUUCAUUGAAUGAUUUUAUGUAUGCAAAUGUGAUGUCAUGGAUUUAUGAAAUUGGAUUUUAAUCAUAUGAAUGCUCAUAAAAUAGUUUUGUGACGCAUUUAGGAAAUCUCAGGAGUGUAUAUGUAUUGUAUAUAAAGCACUCGAAGGCAAUAAGUCAUUUUAAGUCUAAAACUGAUUUGUUUCAUUAAAGUAUUCAGCUAAAAACAUCAAUCGCUUGUUAGCUACAAAUGUAAGUGACUAACAAAGCUUUAUAUUAAUUAAUAAUUUCGUUGUUUUUCUCUAAGGGAUGGUAAUUGUGCUGUAUUGGCAAACAAAACAAAAAAUAUAAAGGCUCCAUAAAUUUAAAUACGUAUUAAAAAAUAUAAGUUCAUAAAAAUAAGCACGAAUUCAUUAUUUAAUAAAAGUAUGAUUCUAAUUAAAAGUUAAGUACUUUAGAAUAUCAUGAGAAAACUCGGAAAAAUUUCUGAAUUCGAAAUUGAAAAACAAAAUUAAUAAAAAUCACUUCAUCUUAUAUCCCAUUUCCACCAAGAGCUUAACUGAAAUUUUUGAUUUUUUUUUACUUUCGCUCGCUUGUACUUAAUAUGAGCAAUUAUCACCUUACAGUUGUAAUCUCCUUUCUCUAAUCGGCGUAAACCGCACUUAAGACGUGGUAGAAAUGAACUGUUAGCUUUUUUAAUUUUUAGCUUUCUGUCGCCUUGCAAGUUUAUUUAUUGGUCGUAAAUACUACAUUUUUUUUUUGUUUUUUUUUUUUUGCAAA